AUGCCUCCACGCCUUGUUUCUCAAUCUCAUCUUUGGUUUUUUUUAAGGAUUUGGAUAUGUUCCCUAAUUGAUAGUGAACAUUUUGAGCCACAGGCUCGUAAAAUUAUGAUUUCUUGUUUAGUUGCCUGUUUGACUAUGCAAAUACUUAAGUCUUCCAGGGUGCUGGCAGCCCCAAUUCUUCCUUUUGCUGCGAAACCAUUUGGCAUGCGUUUGAUGUUGGAAACUCUGUCAACUUUGAGUCUUAUUACUAUUCAUGCAUUGUCCACCGUAAAAGUCGGAAAUUGGCAACUACAUUCUAGGAAAACUCGUCAAACGAAGUUUCACUGCAAGAACCAGUUGGCAAUGUUUUUUGUAGCUGUAAAUGCUUGGAAACUGACACAAAGGUUUAGUCUUGGUAUGCUAUUUGAACGGAUUUUCAAAUGUUCUCAUUUUACUAUUAAUCACAGAAAGGGAGUUGUCGUUUUUACUUAUCCUAUAUCACUGUUGGACAAACUUAUUCCAGUCUACGAGUCAGUAGAUGUGUGCUGGUUUGAAGUUAUCCCAUUUGCUAGUAACUCAGAAUUAUUUUUUUCCCAAAACAAAUCAUCUCCAAGUUAA